CCCGUUCGUGCGCUCUGCCUGUGCCUCGUCUCUAUGGCGGCCCCAACGGCCGUCCAGGACGUGGAGCGGGAUGAGCGCGGGCGCUGACGGCAGCGGUGGCCCUGCGGUGGCGGCGCGGUCGGGCGAGGGCAGUCCCGGGGAGGACGGUUUCGUUCCGUCGGCGCUGGGGACGCGCGAGCAUUGGGAUGCUGUCUAUGAGAGAGAACUGCGAACUUUCCAAGAAUAUGGAGAUACAGGUGAAAUCUGGUUUGGAGAAGAGAGUAUGAAUCGACUAAUAAGGUGGAUGCAGAAACGCAAGAUUCCAUUGGAUGCUUCAGUGCUUGAUAUUGGAACUGGAAAUGGUGUUUUCCUGGUUGAACUUGCAAAAUUUGGUUUCUCUAAUAUUACUGGAAUUGAUUACUCUCCUUCUGCAAUUCAGCUUUCUGGAAGUAUUACAGAAAAAGAAGGUUUAUCCAACAUUAAGUUAAAGGUAGAAGACUUUUUGAAUCUUUCCACACAGCUGUCUGGAUUUCAUAUUUGUAUUGACAAAGGGACUUUUGAUGCCAUCAGCCUUAAUCCUGACAAUGCAGUUGAAAAGAGGAAGCAAUAUGUGAAAUCUCUCUCCAGGGUGUUGAAAGUGAAAGGCUUUUUUUUAAUAACGUCAUGUAAUUGGACCAAGGAAGAGUUGCUAAAUGAAUUCAGUGAAGGAUUUGAACUUUUCGAAGAGCUGCCAACCCCCAAGUUCAGCUUUGGAGGCAGAUCUGGAAACAGUGUAGCAGCAUUGGUUUUCCAAAAAAUGUGAGACUUUCUUGGACAGAUUCAGGUUGCUUUUGUCACACCAACAACUGAAGCUAUGAAAGUUUAAAAGUGCACAGGGCCUUCGCAGAAGACAUGUGUAAUUGCCUCUUCCCUCCCAUUUCCUUUGCUUAAUGGGAGGGGGAAAUGGAAGCUCUGAGAGCAGUGACUUCCGUGAGCCAUCAGGAAAAUCCCUGUCACUGGCGAAGUUCAUGUUGAGGUUUUGAUCUGAUUCCUGUUUUUAAGACAGUAAAAUUAACUGUGAAACUUACGUGUGCAAACAGUAAGUACGGGCUAAAUAAAGAUGCUGGAAGAAGGAAAAGUUUGUCUUGAUGAUGUUCAGUAUGGUCAGUUUCUUUUAAGGGAUAGCCUUUCAAAAUGCAUUACAGAGCAUUUGGUAAACUCCUCUAAUCUUCUUAAGAUUUCUAUAGGAUUGUGGAGUUUGCAGCACUUUCUCAUAGGUAUUAAUUCAUUAGCAUGCAAUCCUCUUUUGAAGUGAAUGAGGCAGGUGGGGCUCCCACUUGCUGGAAGCUGAGAGUCCCCGGCCACGGUGAUAUCAGACAGCUGUGUUCAAGGGCUGUAAACAAAUAAAGACACAUUGAAGACUGUAGAACAAAAGCAAGAAAGUUUGUGUUAGCAAGCAGUUGUGUGAGAGCAAAGCUGUCCCCCUGUUUCUGUGGUGUCAGAGACGGAACGGCCUGGGGAGGAAGGUCUGGAUUUGAAUGCUGGCCUUGCCCCUGCUGGCUGUAGGAUGUUGGACAAAUUACUUGAUUUCUUUUCUUGGAGCCUCAGUCUUCCCAUCUGGAAAAUAUGUGCACUACCAACAAUAAUGCCUAUUCAUAGGAAUGUGAGAGGAUCAGCUGAGAAGAACCUAGCUGUGGUCGAGGCCCAGGGAGAUGGGAAUGGAGGUG